UCCAACCUGAGGACCUGUCUAGUGUCGCUGCGCUAGGAAAUCCGUCGCUGCCAGUUCUUGUCAUGUUUUGAGAGCAACAGCGGAGCUUUUUUCCCCUCACUGGAAUACAAGGAGACACCACCACACACUUCUGUCAACGAAGUCCACGUCUGAAGAUGCUUAAACCGCUGUGGGAAUAGACCAGUCGGACCAACAACAGUUCAAAGUCUUUCGCUCAAUGCCCCCCAGUCGGCAAGAAUAGCCUUCCAGUUCCCACAUCACACCACAUCCAUGUUGACUGCGGCAGCCUUCGUACUGGGUCCAGGGCUACAAACACCACAACCCCUUUGUUCUUCUGUGGCAAAGAUCCGGCUAAAUCACAGCGGUUUGUGGAAGGACCAUCGCAUGUUACAAUGUACAUCCCUGUUUGAGUCUGAAGGAUUGUUUACGCGUUAAAAUGGCUGCUGAAAUGGCAUUUGGAAGAGAGUGGUCUUGAAUCAAUGCAGUAACGUUACAUUACCUAGCUGAAGCUAAACUGUAAAUAAGCUACACAGGCUAACAAAUGAUGUUUUAGCUAGGCACAGCAUUCAACGAGUUAGCUGCUUUAAUAGCUUUAAUCGAUGGUCGGCUCUUUUGGUCGGUUCUUCCAGCAAGAGGUCGGGUGAAGGGAAUUCCUCCCACUCCAAAUCUAUGCAUGCGGUUAAACAAGCAGCCUUUAAAAACACUUAGCUAACACUGCAUUUCCUCAGCCAUUUUCCUCCAAAGCUUUGUAAACAGGCUCAGCUAAGCCUUCAUGUGAGUAUGCAUAACACUCAGCGAAUAUGCAGGACUUCUUUGUUGUAAUUGAAACAGCCUGAGUAGCCGAGGCUUCCUCCCAAAGCAGACCUUAAAGGCCCCGGUCUUUGACUCGGCUUCGUCGACCUGGCAAAGCAAAAAUGGAUCCUCGGGGGAAAUGUAAGACUGAACUCUUUCUUUUCGGACCCAAAGUAGCCUCCCACAGCGACCUGCGGGGGAUCAACAGAUACUUGGUGGUCUAUGUGUUGUUUUACUUUGUACUGUUCACUCACGCCUCCCCGGCGAAACCGUGUGACAAGAAUUGUCUCUCUGGAAAAUGUAUCAACGGAUCCUGCAUCUGUGACCGAGGAUGGGUUGGAGAUCAGUGCCAGCACUGCCAAGGGAGGUUCAAGUUGACGGAGCCCUCAGGAUACCUCACCGACGGUCCAAUCAACUACAAGUACAAAACAAAGUGCACCUGGCUUAUCGAGGGCUAUCCAAAUGCGGUUCUUCGGUUAAGAUUUAACCACUUUGCCACAGAAUGUAGUUGGGACCAUAUGUACGUCUAUGAUGGGGACUCGAUAUAUGCCCCGCUGGUUGCUGUUUUCAGUGGUCUCAUUGUGCCAGAGAUACGAGGAAAUGAGACGGUCCCUGAGGUUGAGACGACUUCAGGCUACGCACUACUACACUUUUUCAGCGAUGCUGCCUAUAACCUGACAGGAUUUGAAAUAUUUUACUCGAUCAACUCAUGUCCCAAUAACUGCUCCAGCCAUGGGAAGUGCACCCCGGGUAACUCGGCUGCCAGCAGAGUGUACUGUGAAUGUGACAAGUACUGGAAAGGCGAGGCUUGUGACAUCCCUUACUGCAGGAACAACUGCGGCAGCCCCGACCACGGUUACUGCGACCUCACCGGGGAGAAGCUGUGUGUCUGCAAUGACAGCUGGCAAGGCCCAGACUGCUCCUUAACUGUACCAUCAACAGAGUCCUUCUGGGUCCUCCCAAGUGUCAAGCCCUUUGGCACAUCACUCGCCAGAGCCUCCCAUAAGACUGUGGUGCAAGAAAAGGUCAUGUGGGUGGUGGGCGGAUACACGUUCAACUACAGCUCCUUCCAGAUGAUUCUCAACUACAACCUGGAGAGUGGCAUCUGGAACACCGUUCCCAUCAACAGUGGCCCUGUGCCAAGAUAUGGCCACUCACUCGCUGCCUACCAGGAUGAUAUCUAUAUGUUUGGUGGGAAGCUGGAGGCGGGCUGGGCAAAUGUGACAGAUGAGCUGUGGGUGUUUAACAUACCCAGCCGGACGUGGCAGCGGAGAAACCCUGUGGUUGGCCCACCGACCCAGGCUCAGAUCUACGCUGUGGAGGGUCACUCAGCCCACUGCAUCUCGCUAGACGGGGGCGAAGCCAUCAUGCUGGUCAUCUUUGGCUACUCCCCCAUCUAUAGCUACGUCAGCAAUGUUCAGGAGUACAACCUGAGGUCCAACACGUGGCUGGUGCCUGAGACCAAAGGUGCCGUUCCACAGGGAGGCUACGGCCACAGCAGCACGUAUGACACUGCCAGUGGUAGCGUGUUUGUUCACGGAGGCUACAAGGCGCUGCCUGCCAACAAGUACGGCCUUGUUGAUGACCUCUACCGCUAUGACGUUAACACCCGGACAUGGUUCAUUCUGAGAGAGAGCGGCUUUCCACGGUACUUGCACUCGGCUGUGCUGCUCAGCGGCACCCUGCUUAUCUUCGGUGGCAACACACAUAACGACACAUCGCUCAGCAACGGGGCCAAGUGUUUCUCUGCUGACUUCCUCGCCUACGACAUCGCUUGUGACGAGUGGAGGCUGCUGCCGAAACCAGACCUGCACAGAGAUGUCAACCGCUUUGGUCACUCCGCUGUGGUCAGCAACGGGUCCAUGUAUGUGUUCGGGGGCUUCUCCGGCGUGCUGCUCAAUGACGUGCUUGUUUACAGACCCCCCAGCUGCCAGGCCUUCUUGGCAGAGGAGGGGUGCGUGAAGGCCGGGCCAGGGGUCCACUGCAUCUGGAGCAGAGGCCGCUGUCUCCCCUGGGAGCCGAGCAUGGCUAAUGGAAGCCUCAUUCCUGCCCCAUUCUGCCCCCCGAAAGCUGUCACAGUGGAUGAGCGGUGCUACCGGUUUUCCGACUGCGCCAGCUGUACAGCCAACACCAAUGGGUGCCAGUGGUGCGAUGACAAGAAGUGCAUCUCUGCCGCCAGCAACUGCACCUCUAACGUGAGGAACUUCACCGAGUGUCCAGUGCGGAACGAGCAGGUGUGCAGCAAGCUCGCCAACUGCAAGAGCUGCUCGCUGAAUCUCAACUGUCAGUGGGAUCAGAAUCAGUCAGAGUGCCACGCUUUGCCUGCCCAGCAGUGCAGUGAGGGAUGGAGCCAGGUGGGGGAGGCCUGCCUGAGGAUCAACUCCAGCCGCGAGAGUUACGACAACGCUCAACACUACUGCAAGAACCUCAACGGAAACAUCGCCUCGCUCACCACCUCCAAACAAGUGGACUUUGUGCUUGAGGAACUGAAGAAGCUCCAGCAACAAGACAAGCGGCUGUCUCCCUGGGUGGGCCUGAGAAAAAUCAACGUAUCGUACUGGGGUUGGGAGGACAUGUCACCCUUCACCAACAGCAGCCUGCGCUGGCUGCCCGGCGAGCCCAGCGACUCUGGUUUCUGUGCCUACCUGGAGGAGCCUCAGGUGUCCGGCCUGAGGGCCAAUCCAUGCACCGCCACUGCCCACGGCCUCAUCUGUGAAAAAGCUACUGGAAACCCAAAUCAGAGCACCCGUCCCUCCUGUAAGAAGCCUUGCUCCCUGCACACCACCUGUGCCAACUGUACCAGCCAGGCCAUGGAGUGUAUGUGGUGCGGCAGUGCGCAGCGUUGUGUUGACUCAACUGCCUAUGUCAUCUCUUUUCCCUAUGGCCAGUGUCUGGAGUGGCAGACUGGAGAUUGUGUGGCCCAGAACUGCUCGGGCUUGCGGACAUGUUCCCAAUGCCUGGAGCAGCCUGAGUGCGGCUGGUGUGGCGAUCCCAGCAGCACGGGGAAGGGCCUGUGCAUGGAGGGCUCCUACAGAGGGCCGAUGAAGAGACCGGCUAAGCAAGGCCAGCAGGUCCAGUCCCAGGACAUGAUCCUGGAGCCGGGCAGCUGCCCCAAAGACAAGGGCUACGAGUGGGCCUUCGUUCACUGCCCCGCCUGCCAGUGUAAUGGCCACAGCACGUGUGUGAACGGCAGUGUGUGCGAGCAGUGCCGUAACCUCACCACUGGCCCUCACUGCCAGACCUGCAUGCCUGGUUAUCAUGGAGACCCGACCAAUGGCGGCAAAUGCCAGGCCUGUAAGUGUAACGGUCAUGCAAGUGUGUGCCAGGUGUUAACUGGCAAGUGUUUCUGCACCACCAAGGGGAUCAAAGGAGACCAGUGCCAGCUAUGUGACUCAGAAAACCGUUACCUUGGCAAUCCACUCAGAGGAACCUGUUACUACAAUCUCCUGAUCGACUACCAGUUCACCUUCAGUCUCAUCCAGGAAGAUGAUAAUCACUACACUGCCAUCAACUUUAUGGCCUCACCUGAGCAGGCGAACAAGAACUUGGACAUGUCCAUUAAUGCUUCCAACAACUUCAACCUCAACAUCACGUGGUCGGUCGGAUCAACAGCUGGAACCAUCUCUGGAGAGGAGGUGCCAAUCGUGUCCAAAACUAACAUCAAGGAAUACAGAGACAGUUUCUCCUGUGAGAAGUUCACCUUCAGAAGCAACCCCAAUAUUACCUUUUAUGUCUACGUCAGUAACUUCUCAUGGCCCAUCAAGAUCCAGAUUGCCUUCUCCCAACACAACAGUAUCAUGGACCUUGUCCAGUUCUUUGUCACAUUUUUCAGUUGCUUUCUAUCACUGCUCCUGGUGGCUGCAGUCGUGUGGAAGAUCAAGCAGACCUGCUGGGCUUCACGACGGAGAGAACAACUAAUGAGAGAGCGUCAGCAGAUGGCCAGUCGUCCGUUUGCCUCAGUUGCGGUUGCGCUGGAUGCCAGGGGAGACGAAACAGAACUGUUGCAGCCUGUGGUUGAAGGCGCACCUAAACCCGUUGCGAUGGAGCCGUGUUCAGGAGGGAAAGCUGCUGUGUUGACUGUCCUCAUGCGUCUGCCCUCUGGGCCCUCAGACUUACCUCCACCAGGACAGUCAGGUCUCAUCGUUGCCAGUGCGCUGAUAGACAUUUCACAGCAGAAACCAACAGAUUUUAAGGACAAGUCCCAGGGUUUAAAGAACCGAAAAGCCCUUCCUCCUGCACACCAAGGCACCUGCGUCUGAGUCUCAACCCGAACCCAUCAAUCCAUUUGGGUCCCUUUUUAUACCAUCUGACGUCAUAUUGUUCCAAUAUGCCGCAGGUCACAAUCGAAGGCCUUUCCAGAGACAAGACAUGGCUACAUGUAGAAGAUCACAUUUGGCUGCUACCACUCAAGUUUCCACUGAAACUUGCUGAGUCCACAAGAGCACAACCAGCCCUGCUUACCCUUCCUGCCCAUUCGCUCUAAUCUGCAUAGAUCAACCUCUGGUCAUAUGAAUCCCACUCUAACCUCUGGAAUAACUUUCCUCCACCUUACUGGGCCCAAAUCUCAUCCCCUUCAGCUUUGGUAGACAUCAUGGCAAAACUUGUCUAUGCUAAAAGGGAACCUGCCUGAUCAGUGACAUCAGAGACAGAUAAAUCAGGAGGAUCUGCACCUAUUGAAGCUUCAGUCGUAAAUAUUUUGCCACACCUCAUUGUCCAUUUGCUCAGCAUGAUGGAAAAGCAAAGGUGUUUGUACAUUUGGUCAUAUCAGACUGAUUACUCUCACAUUGUGUUGGAAAUACAAGAGAUGAUUUUAAAAAAAAUAGCUGGAUGACAUCCAGCACAAGCUGCCUAUGGGUUUUUUUCCUCUUCUUUUUGCUUGCCAACAAGUGGUAUUCUAUGGUGCUAAAGCAUUUAGUUCUUACGCGAAGCAUUUGCUGUAUGGACUGAAAUCAUUCUGCCUUUUUCAUGGGGGGAAGCUACACACUAGGCCAGGACUUUUUAACACCUCGUGACCACAUGACAGUGUUUUGACAACUAGAGUAUUUUGACACACCACUUUUGCCAAUUACCAUUAAAGAUCUGUUAAAGCAUUUACUGUACAUAUGUAUCAUCCACCCAGCUGAAGCUAAAGUCUGUAUUUUCUGUGGAGUACAUAUACGAAAUGCUGCAGAGACAUGAGACUGCAAUCACUACCAGUGGCAUGUGGGUGCAAAACCGGAGGCGGCACGGACAAACCAUCACUCAUCAAACUAAAGCAUGGGAAAACUCCAAAACUUAAGAACAGUUAUAUGCAUUUUUUUUUAUUAGCGAACUGGAAGUUUUAUUUGUUAGAAGAUUAGUUUUCUCAGUGUGCUCACUCAAAGAAGUUGAAUGAUGCAGAGAAACACUGAAGGUCUGAUCGAUUGUUUACUGUAGUUUGUCAUUGUGUCAUUUUGCUGUGCAACUUGGACAUUUAGGUUUUUGAACUUGCCCUUGGAUUGGUGUGGUGGGUGGAUGCCAUUUCUGAGAAAGACGUCUGCUUAAUAAAAUUAGACCAGGGACAUCAUGCUCCUCUGGCUGUUUACUAGUUUGUUUUGUAAAGUUUUUUUAAGAGCCCUCUGACGCUACGACUUUAUUUCCAUCUUUGAGUACAAGGAGUUAUGUUACCUUUUUAUAAUGCAUUGGCUUUCCAUUGAAGGAGGGGGCAUGUUGAUCUGCAGAAUUUUAAAAGCUGUCGACCAUUUUUAGCCCCGAAACCUCCACCCCUGAGCUGUACAGUGUCUUGUUGGAACAAAUGUGAGUCUUUGUCACUCUUAUCUCUUGAGAUUUCAUGUGUUUGUCAGGUUUUUAUGACAGAAUGGCAAGAGAUUAUCAUUUAUUUUAGGCCUUGUCACCUGUUACUAUUAUAUCUAUGAUGAAUUGUCUUUUGCUACACUUGUGAAAAAGAGCAUUUCUGUUAAUAUUUUUUGUUUUGAUAUUUAACAGAUUCCUGUGUAAUAGCAUUUAACUUGAUUAUGUUGUUGAAUUAAAUCGGUUGUUUUAAUGUCAAACUCCUUUUGAAUCGUGCAUCUUUAAGGACUGUAUGGGCAUUGUCUUGCUUUUCGUUGCAAAGUGGUCGUUACGAUGCAUUUCAUAAGGAUAGUAUGCUAGCUGAUGUGUUUUUAUUUUGUGUUUGUAGAGUAAUCCUAUAACAGUGUCAUUACACAGGAAUCAGGGUCUCACUGUACCGUGAAAAAAAAAAAGAUGAUAAACUGCAUAUCAGUAAUCUUCAGUGUAUUUUAAAGAUGGACAACAUGCCAGAAAAUAAAAAGAAAAACAGACCUGAAAA